AUGUUACGCUGGUACCAGAGCAAGUUGGCCAGGCGGCCCAUCCUCACUGCGAGCGUCACCAGUGCCGUGCUGUUUGGCAGCGGUGAUGUCCUUGCCCAGCAGGCCGUCGAUCGUCGCGGUCUCCAGAAGCACGACUUUGCCCGCACCGGGCGCAUGGCUCUCUAUGGUGGAGCUGUCUUCGGUCCCGUCGCCACUGCCUGGUUCGGCAUCCUCCAGCGUCACGUCGUCCUCAAGAACAACUUCAGUACCACCGUCGCCCGCGUGGGUUGCGACCAAUUCCUCUUCGCACCUGUACAGUUGACUUGCUUCCUUUCCUCGAUGGCAAUUAUGGAGGGUGUUUCCCCGGCGGAGAAGUGGAUACACUCCUUCUGGCCUGCGUACAAGGCCAAUAUGUUGGUCUGGCCGUGGGUUCAGGGCGCCAACUUUGCCUUUGUGCCUUUGGAGCUACGGGUUCUGGUGGUCAAUGUGGUCAGCUUGGAAUCUCGUGCCGACUCGACUAAAGCUCCGACGAGUCCUCCCUUCGACUCUUUGUGCGCACCGACGGCGCCUUCCCGGGCCGAAAAUCUUCCCCUCCGAGCACGCCGCCUUUCCAACCUCACCCUUCCACCUUCACCUCCACCCCUCAAUCCAACCACAAUGGCUGCCGUGGCAGAGAACGGUCACGCGGUGACCGACGAGAAUGCCGCCCCCGCGGUCGCCUCCUCCACUGAGGAGAUCACCGUUUUCCACGACCCCGAGAACUUCAACGUCAAACACCCGCUCAUGCACGAGUGGACGCUGUGGUUUACCAAGCCUCCCAGCGGCAAGGGCGACAACUGGAACGACCUGUUGAAGGAGGUUGUCACAUUCAGCUCCGUCGAAGAAUUCUGGGGCAUCUACAACAACAUCUGCCCUACUUCCGAGCUCGGCCUCAAGGCUGACUACCACCUGUUCAAGAAGGGCGUACGACCGGAGUGGGAAGACCCGCAGAACAAGCACGGUGGCAAGUGGUCGUACCAGUUCAAGGACAAGCGCUCAGUUCCCAUCGACGACCUCUGGCUGCACGCACAGCUGGCCGCGAUUGGCGAGACCCUCGAGGGCGACGAAGACAACGAGGUCAUGGGCGUGGUGGUCAACGUGCGCAAGGGCUUCUACCGUGUCGGUCUGUGGACUCGCACUGUCGGCAAGAGCAUUCCCGGUGACAAGAGCACCCGCACACCCGCGCAGGGCAAGGACGUUCUCGAGGCGAUCGGCCGGCGGUUCAAGGAUGUCCUCCGUCUCAAGGAGGCCGAUGUGGUGGAAUUCUCGGGCCACACCGACAGCGCGCACAGUGGUAGCACCCGUGCCAAGGCCAAGUACACAGUCUAG